GCGGUAGCUUACGAAAAUCCCUUCCACAAGAUCUUCUUGACCGCGAUGGACCCGCCACCAACCACCGCCGCCACCACCGCCGUCGAACCACCACAUUCCCAUUCUCACACCCACUGUCUCCCACCUUUACCUACACCCAAAAUCCGCCUUAUGUGCAGCUACGGCGGCCACAUAGUCCCCCGUCCACAAACAAAAUCUCUUUGCUACGCCGGAGGAGAGACCCGCAUCGUCGCCGUUGACCGUCGCACCACAGCUUCCACCAUAUCCGCACUCACCCACCAUCUAUCCCGCACACUUUAUGGUAACCGCCCUUUUACGCUUAAGUAUCAGCUCCCCAACGAAGACCUCGAUUCCCUCAUUUCCAUCACCACUGAUGAAGAUCUCCAGAACAUGCUUGAAGAGCAUGACCGAAUUGCAACUUCCCCUACACCCUCACGCAUCAGACUAUUCCUCUUCCCUACCCGACCCGAGUCCGUCGGCUCGUUGUUGCUUGACCCGAAAUCAGAAUCCUGGUUUUCGGAUGCGUUGAAAAGCACCAUGAUUAUUAACAGAGGGUUGUCUGACGGGUCGGGUAUGGGUAACGGCUUGAUGGGGUUGGAUUGUUUGGAAGGAAAUGGUGAGAGUUUGAUGAAUAGUGGGGAUUCGGGAAAAUGUGGUGGAACUGGUGGUGAUUCGGGUUCGGUGCCAGAAUCGAUGGUUUUGGAGACAUGUUCGUCUUUUGGGUCAAUCAAUUCCUCCGUUUCGGCCUCAAAUUUGCCUCCAAUUGGGGUUAAUAAUGAGGAUGGUGGUAGCAAUUUGGUGGAGAGGAAGGUUAAAGUGGUUGCACCUGGUUCAAUUGAAAGUGAUAAUUCUGCGGCAAGUGCUUUUCCCGAUCUAAAGCCCCGGAUUUAUCAAGAUCAAGUGCUUCAUGAGUCAGAGAGUAUCAUCUACAAUCCUUCCUCCACGAUCCAGAUGCAGAAAACCGUUCAAGUUCCUGGUUAUCCGAUGCCACACAUCCCUGACCAACGACAGCAUCCCGUGCAAUAUAUUCACACUGGAUCACCGCAUUACAUACAAUACCCAACAGGGCCAUUGCCCAUCUCCUCUUACUACCCGAUGUACAUGCCCUACCAGCAGCAACCAAAUCAGCCCUACCCCAUCUAUGUGAUGCCUGUGGGACCCACAGAUCAAUCUUACAACAUUUCCGCUCCAUCCGAUGUAAAUGGCAGUGUAACCGGAUCUUUACGUCGUCCUCCUUUGCCCACUCACAUUGCAAAUUCCCAUGUGGCUUAUAAGGAGGUGACGUUAUCUCAGCCGAUACCGGAACGAGCCGCUCCAUCUAACCGGGUACCUUCGGUGCAACCAGUGGGCCCUACUGCCACCACAACCCCUACUUACGAGAAUGAUUAUGACAAUGACCUUGCUUAUGCUCAGAUAUAUAAGAGCCAGCCUUCAGCGCCUGCAUUUCCGCCUCCAAAAUAUGAAACUGUGGCGAAAGCCGGAGUGGUGUUGUCGGAUCCCUCAACACCGCUGCAGAUUGGGACGCCACAACAAUAACGCAGCUGCCAAGUUUUCUUAGAAGAGUGUGCUUAUAAAGUGGAAGUUUGGUUUCGGUAUGUGUUUUUAUGAUCCUAUUUUAGUCGUCUAUUCUAUUCAAUUUCAUUUCUUUGUUUGACAACACCCCUGUUUCGUAUGGAGGGGUUCUCUUUUCUCUUUUCUCUUUGUGUUAAUGUGUUAUAUCAUAUGGAUAAUAGUAUACAGUAUAUGUUUCUUGUUUCCA